AUGGAUCAUUGGUUAAAAACUGGUAGCUUUAGUAAAAGGAAAAUUACAGAAUCAACCGAUCCUCAAGACGUGCCGUCAUCGGUUACUAAUCCAGCCGAAAAAAAUCCUAUGAAAAAAUUACCACAGGUUAGUAGUGCUAAUGAAGAUGCUCUUGAAGCAUCUUUUCGAAUUAGUUACCGUAUUGCCAAAAGUGGUAAAAAUCACACCAUCAGUGAAAAUUUGAUUUUGCCAAGCAUUAAAGACGCAGUUUCUUGUAUGUUCGAAAAAGACUAUGUCAAUAAAAUAAAUUCUAUCCCACUAUCAAAUGACACUGUCAGCCGUAGAAUCAAAGAUAUUUCUAAUGACAUUGAGGAGACACUACUAAAAGGCAUCAAUGAUAUUCAAUUAUUUUCCAUUCAAGUUGAUGAAAGUACUGAUGUUGCACAAUUAGCUGUUUUAUUAGUGAUUGCAAGGUAUUUGAAAGAAGAUGAAAGCGUAGAAGGGCUUUUGCUUUGCCAUCCUCUUACUGAACUCACAACAGGUGCAGAUAUUUUCCAUGCUAUUAACUCGUACUUCAUCGAAAAGAGAAUAAUGUGGUCAAAAUGUUGUGGUUUAAGUACUGAUGGUGGCAAGUCUAUGUCAGGUUGUUACUCUGGUCUCCUUGCACGUGUCAAAGCAGUAUCUCCCCUGGUAAAGUGGACUCAUUGUUGCAUCCAUCGACAAGCUCUCGCAACAAAACCUUUACCUGUUGAUUUGAAGGACGUUCUGGAUGAUUCUUUUAAAAUAGUGAACUUCAUCAAGUCUCGCCACACGAACUCCAGAAUAUUCUCAGCAUUAUGCAUAGACAUGGGCAGUCUUCACAAAAGCCUCCUUCUUCAUACUGAGGUUAGAUGGUUAUCACGAAGCAAAGUCCUUACUCGUUUGUUUGAACUUAGACAUAAAGCACUAAUGUUUUUUGAAGACCAUCCUUUUCGGCUUUCAUUAAAGUUUAAUGACCGAGACCACUGGAUAGCAUUCCCUUUCAGUGAAAAAUAUUUCGAAUCUGCAAUUUUAUCAGUACGAGAAAAAGAAAAACUUAUUGAACUGAAGACGAAUUCUUCACUUGAGGUAAUAUUUGAAAAAAAUUCUCUCAUCGCUUUUUGGGCUGUCGUAAAAGAAGAGUAUCCUGAGCUUUCAAACAAAGCAUUUAAUGUUCUGCUGCCGUUCACGAGUACUGUAUUGGUGGAGAGGGCCUUUUCGUCGUACACGUACAUUAAAAAUAAGUAUCGUAAUAGACUCUCUGUGAGUUCGGAUUUACUAGUUUACUUAUCAUCCGAGGAGCCAGAUUUCAAAAAACUAUGUGCCAGCAAACAAGCCCAAGGGUCUCAUUAA